AUGGGAAAAGUCGCUCGAACCAAGCACAGCAGAGGUGCCAACGGCCCAUACCAGAAGCCCGACCAGGGCCCACUGGGUAAAGCGACCUCCGCAAUUUUCAAGUUCAACACCGACCUCGGUCAACAUAUUCUUAAGAAUGGAGCGAUCGCCGAUGCCAUUGUCGACAAGGCCAAUAUCCAGCAGGGCCAGACGGUUCUGGAAGUCGGUCCCGGUCCCGGUGUUCUAACGAAUCGCAUUCUCGCAAAGGCCAAGAAAGUGGUGGCGGUCGAAGUCGAUCCUCGAAUGGCUGCUGAACUCACCAAGAAUGUACAAGGCACGCCGGCGGAGAAGAAACUCCAGAUUGUCCUUGGUGACUUUGUCAAGACGGAUUUGAGCCAGUUGCCUCCGUUCCAGAUUUGCAUCAGUAAUACCCCUUAUCAGAUUUCUUCCCCGCUUAUCUUCAAACUCCUCUCCAUGCCUAAUCCUCCCAAAAUGUGCGUUCUGAUGGUCCAGCGCGAAUUCGCCCUCCGUCUUGUUGCCCGGCCCGGAGAUUCCUUAUAUUCUCGACUCUCGGUGAACGUGCAGUUCUUCUCGCGCGUCCAGCAUAUCAUGAAAGUGGGCAGGAACAACUUCCGUCCUCCACCACAGGUCGAGUCUAGUGUGGUCCGAGUCGAGCCCAAGUCCGAUCGUCCGGCGAUCAGCUGGGAUGAAUGGGAUGGUAUGCUCCGUAUUUGCUUCGUGCGUAAGAACAAGACCCUGCGUGCAGGCUUCAUGGGAAACAAGACGCGCGCCAUGAUCGAAAGAAACUGGAUCACUUUCGCCACGAUGUACCCGGAGAAGGUUACGCAGGCGGAUAUAGACUUCAUGCUGGGUAAUGGGGAGCCGGAACCCAUGGAGGACGUGGAAAUGGAUACCAAUAAUGACGCGGAUGAUGAUGUUCCUGAGAUGGACGAGGAUGAUAUACUAAUGGGUGAUAUGGGAUUCGAAAAGAAGAAUGUUCCGGAGAUUCCCAAGGGAGCUCUUCUGACUAUCGGCAACAACAAGGUUUCUCGAGUCAUGGUUACCAAGUUAAUACAGGUCAAGCUUCAGCGGAUCCUGGACCGGACCGAACUGGCCAAUGCUCGGGCGCAGAAGUGCGAUGAGAAUGAUUUCCUUCGUCUUCUUCACGCCUGCAAUAAGGAAGGCAUACACUUCUCAUAG